AUGGCUUCAUUGGACAUAAUUGACCACUCUCCUCAUCAUCCGCAGCCCUCCGCCGCUGUGCCCACCGCCUCCAAUCUCGUCCUCAUUGACAACUAUGACUCCUUCACGUACAAUGUGUACCAGUACCUAGUCCUAGAGGGUGCUACUGUCACGGUUUUUCGCAAUGAUCAGAUCUCUCUUGAAGAACUCAUCGCCAAGAAGCCCACGCAGCUCGUCGUCAGCCCCGGGCCGGGCCACCCUCGCACAGAUUCAGGCGUGAGCAGAGAUGCCAUCCGCCAUUUUGCCGGCAAGAUCCCCAUCUUUGGCGUGUGCAUGGGGCAGCAAUGUAUACUAGAUGUGUACGGUGGCGACGUCAGCCAGACCGGCGAGAUUCUGCACGGCAAAACCUCGCCUCUAGUUCACGACUCCAAGGGCGUCUAUCGCGGCAUGUCUCAGGAUCUUCCGGUCACGAGAUACCAUUCUCUUGCUGGGACUCAUGUGUCAAUCCCAGACUGCCUCGAAGUGACCUCGUGGAUUGCCAAGGAGGACGGCUCAAAAGGUGUCAUUAUGGGCGUUCGCCACAAGGAGUUCACAAUCGAGGGUGUUCAAUUCCACCCAGAGAGUAUUCUCUCUGCCGAUGGACGGACUAUGUUCAAGAAUUUCCUGCUGACCCAGGGCGGUAACUGGAAGGGAGACCAAGAGCUCCGCAAGGAUGCAGUGACAAAUGGCGCGCAGAAUCCAGGAAGCGCACCAAAAAAAAACAAUAUUCUGCAGCAAAUAUACGCUCACCGUAAAGCGGCCGUUGCGGCGCAGAAGCAGAUACCAUCCCAAAGGCCUGCGGACCUCCAAGCCGCCUACGACCUCAACUGCGCUCCACCACAGAUCCCGUUCGUCGACCGCCUGCGACAGACUCCUUUCGACAUCUCGCUGCUGGCGGAGAUCAAGAGGGGCUCACCCUCGAAAGGCGUCUUCGCUCUCGAUAUCAACGCGCCGGCACAAGCAAAGAAGUACGCACUGGCGGGUGCAAGUGUCAUUUCGGUCCUGACGGAGCCUGAGUGGUUCAAGGGCAGCAUCGAAGACCUGCGUGUAGCGCGUCAGGCCCUUGAGGGUAUGCCCAACCGACCUGCCAUUCUUCGGAAGGAGUUCGUCUUCGAAGAGUACCAGAUCCUCGAAGCGCGUCUUGCCGGGGCCGAUACCAUCCUCUUGAUUGUGAAGAUGCUUGACGCAGAGCUUCUCGAGAGGCUGUACAAGUACUCCCUCUCGCUGGGAAUGGAGCCACUGGUCGAGGUGCAGAACGCCGAGGAAAUGACGACUGCCAUCAAGCUUGGUGCGAAGGUGGUUGGCGUGAACAACCGCAAUCUCGAAACCUUUGAAGUCGACCUGCGUACCACGAGGAGUUUGCGGGGCAUGGUACCCGAGGAUGUCAUAAUCUGCGCCCUCAGCGGUAUCAACACCCACGCGGACGUCCAGGACUGCAAGAAUGACGGCGUGAAUGCCAUCCUUGUUGGCGAGGCCAUCAUGCGAGCUCCCGACACAGCCAAGUUCAUCCAGGAAUUAUGUUCAGGUACCACGACGCUCUCCCCUAAAGUCGAGACUCAACCGCUGAUUGUGAAGAUCUGCGGAACCCGUAGCGCCGAAGCUGCCGCCGAAGCCAUCGAGGCUGGGGCUGACUUGAUCGGCAUGAUCUUGGUACCUGGGACCAAACGUUGCGUAUCGCACGAGACCGCCCUAGCCAUCUCGAAGGCAGUCCAGGACAGUCGCUCUCGCGGGCAAUCAGCACAGCCGGAACUUCCACCAGAUGAGGCUCAAGAUUUCUUUGCAGGGGCCAAGCGUACCUUGACUGGCAAGGGCGCCUCACUUGUUGGCGUUUUCAUGAACCAGCCUCUGCAAGAGAUCCUCGAGAAGCAGAUACUGUAUGGCUUGGACGUUGUUCAACUUCACGGCAGAGAGCCUGUUGAGUGGGCCCAUCUUAUACCUGUUCCCGUCAUUCGGAAGUUUCAACCCGGCGAACCUGGACUAGGGCUCCGUGGGUACCACACCAUUCCCUUGUUGGACUCUGGCUCGGGUUCUGGUCAACAACUCGACCAUGCCGCCGUUCGGAAGGACCUGGAGAAGGAUGAGAACUUGGGCGUCCUAUUUGCCGGUGGAUUGAACCCGGACAAUGUUGCCAAGUCAGUGUCUGCCAUAGGUCCUCUCUCGGCUAGGAUUGUGGGCGUCGAUGUGAGCAGCGGUGUUGAAGAGGCUGGCCAACAAAGUAUAGACAAAAUCAGGGCAUUUGUCAAAGCUGCCAAGUCCAUCAGAUAG